CUAAAGACACGACACGAAGUGUGUUUAUUUCUUUGUGUUGUGGUUCAACAAUGAUCCCACUCCUUCUUUUCCUCUUCUCUUUUCUUCUUGGAUGCUUCUGAUUCUUUGAUAGUCCAAUUUUGAAGGAAAAAAUGGUUGAAAAAAAAAGUUCGUUGUAUUUUUUCUCUAUCCGAUUAUUAGAACGAUCGUCGACCCACGUAAUACACGCUUUUAAGACGUCUCCGAGGCAUGACAUCCCCUGACUUUUGCACCCCUGAUAUUGAGCGAAUAGAGAGCUUAGACUAUAUAAAAAGAUAAACUCGUUUUUUUUUAUCAAAACGAAAUACAUCAUUCUCAUACUUCUUGUUUGUUCCUGGGACAAUCCCCGCCUAUUGGUUAACAUUAUGCAACGCACGAUCACUUUACCAUCCGCCACGGCUUCCCCUUCACGAGUAUUCUUGUCUCCUAUUCCAACCAAUCCACGACCAAACUCGACUAAUCCAUCACCAGGGAUGUUGCAUCAAUCGACAGAACCCUCUCCUUACAUUCUUUCAAAAGACAUCGUGCAAAUCUGUGAUGCCAUGGGGCCCUCGUCAUCUGCGUCGUCGACGUUGUCGCCGUUGUCACCGUUACUCGGUGAACCACUUGGACGAACCGAUUCACGUUGUUCGUUUCUAUCGCUGUCGACCACCGAUUCCUGUUCGUCGGCCUCGGUCGCCAGUCCUGAUGAUAGUACACUCUUUCUUGGCAUGUUUCAUCAUGAGCUUACUUCCAGUUUAUCCGCGACAUCUGUCACGUCUACCCAAAAAUCGUCCACGCUUUCUCUCAAAAUCCCUGCCAAACUAAAACCGACUCGGUUUCCUCAGUGGAUCAAGCAAAUAAGUUCACCUAUCAUGACCAAGGACCAUCAAGACCCAUGCUUUCCUAUCGACAGUUUGCCACCUCAGCCCCAACAAAACGGAAAGGGGACAGUCAGUGAACGAGGGAAUCGUAGACCCCUGACUUCAUUGGCGCAAACUCGAGAUGAUUAUGCCACUAGUGCUCUGUACUACGGCUCGCCUCGUGUACGACAAUAUCUUCGUGCGGCUAUGGCAAUCGAUCGCUUCGACGAUAUGUUAGCGUAUGGAUUCCCUUGCAAUCAUCGCUUGGGACUCCCCAUGGAUGAGAUCGAUGGAUCGGACGACUCACUGUCACAAAGGGUGCAUAAAAAGGCAACGCAGCGUAAACCCCACUGUGAGCAAUGUCAACCUGGACAACAACCCCUGUGGACUAUCCGUAUCACCCUCACUCCUCUCCACUGUCGUGCUAAAGAUGUCGAUAUUUAUGGCUUGCAAAGAACAUCGUCCAAUCAAUCCACUAGCUUUCGUCAGACCGCCUUGGGCUUAUCCAAAAGUUUAACCCAACGGCAUGCGAAAAGACCGUGCACGGCUUCUGCACCAUCCAUACCGUCUAGUCGACCAUCGUCUCCACCCAAGCUACGUAUCAGUACCUCGACGCCUGUGAUACGGCCCAGUUCACCAACUUCUGUGAAUGUCACUGCACUUUCCCCGCCUCCUUCUCGAUCAAAGCGGGAAAACAAGGACGAGGAGAAUGAUUUUUCCCGUUUUUGGCAAAACAACAUCGAUCGGCCGCCAUUAUUCGUUCUUACCCCCUCUCAACCCGAUAAAAUUCAACCGCUCGCGCCUCGUGCCAAUCCAUCCAAUUCCAUUUUAAUCGUUCGAUGGCGAUAAUUAUAAUAUCCUUCCUAUCCCCGAAUGAACCACCCUUAUGAUUUUGCAUGAUCCAAUGAGGCAAAAGCACACAUCAUUAAAUACCUUCUUCCCCUCGAAAUCAGGCAUCGAGAAAGAGAAAGCCCACCAUUAUAGACUAUAUAUCCCAUUUUUCAUAUUGUACCAUACCAUAUUUUGUCAUAAUCUAGUUUUCAUUUAUACGUGGAAAAAUAAAAGCGAAACAUCUCACU